AUGCACGCCGCUGCUAUUCCGGACGAGCUCGUCGAGCUGUCUGCCGAGCUCGAGGCGCUUGGCGGCGGUGACACCCGCGUCGGCGAGGCCACCGUCUUCUGCCGCGUCCGGCCGGUCGAGCGCGCCUCCGAGGCACCCAUCGUCACAGUCGGCAGCUCUGGCUCACACAUGCUUGUGCGCGACCCGCGCACGUCGGAUACGACGCCAGCGGCGCACGCGGUGCGUCGCUUUCGCAUCUCUCCCGGCGGUGCCAUCGGCGGGGCGGCGGCCCUGGCGGCGCCGGUGGGAAGGGGCGCGACGCAGAGCGAUGUGGCCGCCAGCGUCGGCCGCGAGGCACUCGAAUGGUGGCUGGCGGGCUUCAACGCGAGCGUCAUCGCGCACGGCCAGACGGGUGCGGGCAAGACCUACUCCCUCUACGGUCCCGCCGCCGCCGUGUACGCCGAGUCUGUGCCUCCCGACGCGAUGGGCCUCGUGCCGCGGCUGCUCGGCCGGGCGAUUGAGGCGGCAGCGACGAGCGAGGACGGCGCGCCUCGCCUCUCGCUCGGCGUCUCCUGCUUCGAGGUGCGCCACGCCAGCGUCGUCGACCUCCUCGCGCCCGAGCAGCGCGGCGGCGGCGGCGGCGGCGGAGGAGGAGGAGGGCGCGCGGCCGACGACUUUGUGGCGGUGAGCGCUCCCGAGCUGAGCGACGCGCUCUCGCUGCUCGCGACGGCGCAGCGGCGCUCAGCCAACUGGUCCGUCGCGCCGGGCGGCGCCGGAGGGCGGCCCAUGUUGGUAGCAACGGCCGGCCGUGCGAGCGUGGUGCCGCGGCUGACGCUUGUGCUGCGGCUGACCCUGCACGACAGCGAGCGGCGCUCGGCGGCGACGCUGCACGUGGUGGACCUGGUCGGCACUCUGCCGGCCGCUUCGGCGGCGGCCGGCGGCGGCGGGGUUGACCUCGAGCGGCGCUGCCUCGCGCAGCAGGUGCUCAGCUGGACCCGGCUGCUCGCCGAGGUUGCGCAGCUCGACGCGUCGGCAGGGACGGGCGGGCUCAAGACGGCGCGCGAGUCCAAGCUGACCCAGCUCCUCGCGCCCCUCCUCUGCGGUGGCUCGCGCACCUUCCUGCUCGCUUGCGUGCGCGCCGGCGCGAGCCACUUUCUCGACACGUGCAGCACGCUGCGCGUCGCCUCGCGCGCGCUCUCGAUCCGCACGGCUUGCAUGCGCGCUCUGGAGGUCUCGUACGGCGACCUCGGCUUGCUCCCUACCGCGGCCGUGCUGCCGCUGCCUCCUCUGCAGUGGGAGGCCUCGCCGCCGCGCUCGCCGCCGCGCUCGCCGCCGCGCUCGCCGCCACUGUCGCCGCCCCGGGGCAACGGCUGCGGCGGACCGUCGGGCAGCGGCGAUGAGGACGGCGAGGGUCGCUGGUCGCGCCGGUGCAGCGCGCCCGCCCGCCAGGCGAAGCACCGCGCCACGCCGAACCGCAAGCGCCGCCAGGCUGCGCACGGCGGCGACGCGGCGAGAGGGACGAGGGCGGUGGUGAGCGAGGUGGGCGAGGAGGAGCUCGACGAGGCGCAGCUGAGCGGCAGCGAGGGCGGCGGCGGCGUGGGUGUGCGCCGCCCUCGGCGCGACGACGCUGCGUACGAGGAGGAGCUGUGCGUGGGGUGGGGCGGGGAGGAGGAGGGGUGGGGCGGGGAGGAGGGAGGGCACGAGGAGGGAGGGCACGAGGAGGGGGGGCACGAGGAGGGGCUGUACGCGGAGCUGCGCCGCCGCGAGCAGGAGCUGCUGGCUGCCCGCAGGCGUAUCGAGGAGGCGUGGCCAGACCGGCGGCGAGGCGGGCGGGGCUCGGAGGCCGCGACGUCGGGCGGGGAGGGGGAGGAGCAACCGGCGGAGCCUGAGGCAGCGGCGGGGGUGGGGGCGGAGGAAGGGUCGGCCGAGGAGGAGGACGUGCUGUCGGGUGGUAAGGACCGCCACGCGAACGGCGGCGCGGCGGUCCGGCUGGCGGAGGAGAGGCGCGGACCUCCGGGCAUCUCGUGGGCGUCGGAGGACGUGUCGGAGGCGCUUCGGCUCGAGGUGAGCGACAUGCUAGCCAGGCUGAGCGUGGCCGCGGGGCGCGCCUCCGUGCCGGGCAGCGCCGCCGCGCCUGGCGAGGCGGCCGAGCAGGAGGCGGCAGAGCAGGUCGUGGUGGCCCAGGAAGCCAAGCAGUGGGUGCGCGCUGAGCUCAAGCGGCGCGUCGACGAGCAGCUGGCUGCCCGCCGGUCGGCCUCAACGGCGCCACCCUCCUCCGCCACCCCCUCCCCCGCCGCCGGCGACGAGCCCCUCCCCUCGUACUCGGCACAGCACGCGAGCAGCACCGCGCGCUACGCCAGUCGACCGCGCGCCAACGGGCGCGGCGAGGCCAACGCCGCCCCGAGGUGUGCGGCGCGAGGCGCGGAGGACGAGACGCCGGCGGCGGCGGACGCGUACGGCGAGGCUGGUGCGAGUGAGGCGGACUCGAGCGACGGCUCCGCGAGUGGGCACGGCGCGGUGGCGGCGGCGGCGGCGGGCGCGGCAGCGGGCUCGGCGGCGAGGCGGCGCGACGACGUGCAGUGCGAGAGCUACGAGACGGUGCUGGGCAUGCUCAAGGAGGCGGACGAGGCUCGCUGGGCGGAGCACCGUCGCGUGGAGGCUUCCUCUUUCCCUGAGGCGGAGGAGCUCAAGCUGGAGAUGAGGGAGGCUGCCGCGGCGCAGGCCGUGGCGCUGCAGGACGCGAAGAUGGAGGCGCUCGUGCUGAGCAAGAAGCUGCGCCGGCUCGAGGCGGGUGGCAGCCACGCCUCGCUCUUUGAGGAGCUCGCGGCGAGCCAGGCCGAGGCUGCGAGGCAGCGCGUCGUGGUCGGCGAGCUCGAGUCGGCCGUGCGCGAUCUCCGCCUCGAGAUCGAGACGUUGCGCGCCGUCGCCGCCGAGGCGGGCGACCCCGCCUUGCGCGUCGCCGGUAGUGAGGGCCUCGCUAGCGGCGCGGUGGACGUUUUGGCCGAGGGGCGUGCCGCGAAGGUGCGUUCCUGGAAGCGCGCGCUCGCCAUCGCCGACAAGGAGCGGGCGGUUCUGCGCGCGGAGCUCGCCGGGUUGCAGAAGCGGAUCCGGCACGCCGACUUCCACCGGCGCGCGGCCGAGGACUCGUCGCGCAAGCUGCUCAAGGCGAGCCGCGAGACGGAGCGCUUGACGGCGCGUCCUCUGGCUUCGCCGCCCCGCCGGCUGGCCGAGCUACGCGACGCGCGGCUGGCGCAGUCUCAGGCGCAGGCCGCGCUCCUCCCCGCGGAACGGGAGCGAGAGGCGUUGCGCGACACGUGCCGCCAGCUCGAGGAGCAGCUCCAGCUCGCCCAGGCGGCGAAGCGCGAGCUGCAGUUCGAGCGGCGCAGGGACGAGCUUCGGCUGCGCCACCCGCGGCUCAGCGAGGCUUCGCGCUCCUCCCCGCGAGGACGCGGCGGCGGCGGCGCGGCGGCGCGGCGCGGGUCGACGUGCGAGCUGCUGCGGCUGCUGGAGGCGGAGCUGGGGACGACGGGCGUGCGCGUGCUGCCGAGGGUGCACGUGUUGCUGCAGCGCGCGCAGCGCGAGGCGGGCGCGGAGGAGGAGGCGCGACGCGAGGCCAUGGCGCGCGAGGAGGAGCUCAUGCAGAUACUCGUCGACGAGCAGCUGACCAGAGGCGGCGGCGGGGUGGGCGCGGCGCCUGCAGCUGCGAGGCCGUCCAUCAAGGCCUAG